AUGGAACGAAUUGCUGAAUUUCUAGAGUGUAUCCCCAAAGCCAAGACUUCUACCAUCAUUAUCGGUGAUCUGAACAUUGACAACCUAGUUCCAUCAAUCGGCAAAAGUCUUCUUAAUGAACUAAUCACCUCGCACAAUAUCAGAAGAGUUCCCUUGCCCCCCACCAGAAUUACACCGCAUUCUGCCACCUCUAUCGACGCAGUGUGCACCACCUUAGACGAAAGUCAGAUUUCAGUGCAUGUCUUUCACACGGGCAUCUCCGAUCACACUGGACAGCUAUGCCGUUUGAAUCUUCCGAAUACUCUGGAAAAACCAACUGUCUCAACUCGACGCCAUCUCAACCCUAACAGCCUCAAUGACUUGAAAUUGCACUUACCUCUGGAAUCCUGGGAUAACGUGUUGGAAACCGUCGACAUUGAUCAGGCCUACGGCAAUUUGCUAAACUCUGUCACUAUCGCUCUUGACCAUGCAUGUCCUGAAAAAAAAUCAAGAAAAAGAAGAAAAAAAAGAAUGAUACCGUACGAUGAAGAAACAAACGAGUUAAAGGAGAAAUUUAUACAAGCCAACAACUUGUUCCUAACAAAUGGUAGCUCGGAAGACAAAGCAAGAGCUAAUGGCCUGAAGAAAGCUUAUGACAUGAAGCUCCGGUCACUUAGGCGCAAGGGAAAUGCUGAUUACAUUGCAUCCGCCAAUAAUAAAAGCAAAGCCAUAUGGAACGUCAUCAACCAAGAACGUAAAUCCAAACUCACAUUCAACCCAGAAAUAAAAUCUCUGAUAGUUGAUGAUAGAACCGUCGUAGAUCCCGUGUUAAUUGCCCAGAGCUUUAACGAGUACUUUACCACAGUUGCAGCAAAGACUCUAGAGCAAAAUCAGAUUACUCCAUCCUCUUCAACCAAUCCAAAUAACAACUUACAACCAACGUUAUCGGAGUUUUCAGCUGCGUCCAUGGCCGAAAUAUCUAAAAUAAUAGACAAUCUGAAGAUAAAGGAUUCUGCAGGGCUUGACGAGAUAUCUUCGAGAAUAGCUAAGCAUUGCAAGGAGGAGCUCUUACUACCGCUUCUACACAUAACAAAUCUAUCCGUCCAACUAGGAAGUUUCCCGUCAAGGAUGAAAACUUCGAAGGUGUUUCCUCUUCACAAACGUGGCAAAAAAGACAUCAUGGACAACUACAGGCCAAUAUCACUGGUACCAACCUUCUCGAAAAUUAUCGAGAGAGUCGUCCUUAAGAGGCUGCUCCAAUUCUUGAAUGCUAAUAAGCUACUAACAGAGUAUCAGCACGGGUUCAAAAAAGGCAAGUCGACCAUCACAGCUCUUGUAGACCUAAUCGAAGAUAUUAUAAAUAACCUUGAAAAUGGUCACAAUGCCACCGGAAUCUUCAUUGACAUGAGUAAAGCAUUCGACUGCUUAAGCCACGACUUCAUCCUUAACAAACUUGGCUCGCUGGGCAUUUGCGGAAAAGCCUUGCAGUGGUUCACAAGUUAUUUGGGUGAUAGGACUCAGAUUGUGGAGCUGGGUUACCUCAGCAACAAUGAAAUCUUCAAAGUAAGAUCCACCUCUCUACCUGUCUCUAGAGGUGUGCCACAAGGGUCAGUCAUGGGACCGGUGAUUUUUACCCUCUUUACUAAUGACUUCCCGGCCCAUGUCAGUCCCUACGGGCGAUGCCACAUGUACGCCGACGACUCUGUGAUACUCUCGUCCAACAAGUCCAUUGAAAACUUGGAAAUCGAAUCCAAGAUGAGAUAUGCCAUAGUAUUGUGGGGUGGCUCAUCUCGUACUAGUCUAGAUCGAGUUUUGGUGCUCCAGAAAAGAACUGUGAGAAUAAUGGCAGAUCUGGGGGCGAGAGAUAGUUGUAGAGGGGCUUUUGUUGAAUGGGGAAUAAUGACAGUGGUGGCUACUUACAUUCUCGAGGUGAUCAUCUCUUCUUGCUCAAGGGGGAUCACUCGAAACGCCCAGAUACACGACCACAACACCAGAUUCGCCAAUAACUUCAACCUUCCAUCCCAUAGAAGAACACUUUUCGAGAAGAAACCAUCCUACGCCGGUGCGAGAUACUUCAACAUCCUUCCAGUCGAGCUCAAAAUGUUGCCCUCUCAUAGGCUGAAACCUCACCUGAAGCAGUGGCUAUCGUUGCGGCCCUUCUACACAGUCGGUGAAUUCCUGACCUGGAGAGACUUUGGAAUAUAG